CAAACAACAGGUGCUAUAACUGUAGUCAUGUUCAAUAAUUAUUUUGGUAAAUUCUUCAUUGGAAUCAUCCUUCUUCAUUUGGGUAUGAAAACUAAAGGACAAGAAGCUGACUGUUUACCACAUGUUAGAGUACAUCGGAAUACAGUUAUGAACGCUUCAUCUGGAGAGGAUCUGAGGAUGGAGUGCCCCGUUCACUUCUGCAGCGACGCACAACCAGUGAUCUCAUGGUGUAAACUGGAUGAUUCAAAUAACUGCAGUCCUUUCAAUCGAUCUGCUCGGACUGAAACCCACUGGCAGAAUUUGACAUACAACACAGGGAUCUCAUUUCUGAAUAUGAAAGAUGUAUCUACAAACGAUACAGGUCAAUACAGGUGUCAAUAUAGAUCUGACCUGAGUCAUAGCAUCAAGAUCAUAGUCUCAGAGAGAGCAGACAUCACCACAACUUUGUAUGAGAAGACAGAAAAAAGUAAUGCAGUUAAACAGAAUGGGUACAAUCUAGCUGAUGAAAUACUUCAUGACAUAGUGAACGUUGCAUGGAUAGUCUUAUUCACGGUACUCACUGUGGUCUGCAUGGUUCUGUUUGGGUGUUGGGCACUGAGGGAUAAAGGUAAAACCUGUAGUGCCCCUGUCCCACCACUGGAAGGCACUGCCAUGCAGGCUAUGAGUGGAACUCCUGAAGUUCAGUCUAUCAUUGAGAGGGCAGUGGAGACUGACUCGCUGACUGGCAUUGAUGAAGAUUAUGUGAAUGAUGUUUGAUUGGUGAAGCUGAUGUAAUGUAAACUUGUUGGAUAAAUCUUUUUUGGGGGGUGUAUCUUUUCUACUCUGCCUUUCAAUGACAUGUUGAAAUACGUAACUGAAAUGUCAUAAAAUAUCAAUAAAUGAAUGAUAUCCUU